CAGAAAGUUUCUUUUUUCUCUGUUUCCCCUUCAAUCUCCCAAAUUCAUAUAAAUUCACUUGAAUUUCGUUUUUUUUUUUCUCCCUCUCUUUCUAUAUCUAUUUAUCCUAAUUGCAUAUACGUUUUUUCUCGCAUCCACUAAGAAAUGGCAUCUGCAGUGUUAAUGUCUACAAGCCCUACACCCACUGAGUGUACUUUACGUGAUGACAACAAGUCGAUUUCCAUCUAUGACAGCCUACCUAUUCUCGACGUCUGGUAUUCGAAUAAGCACGAUGAUCUGGAUAAACAACUCAAGCAAAAGCAUCAAGACAUUUUACGUCGUCAUCUCGAGUCUCAAAAUAAAAGAAGGAAAACUGCUUGCAUUCAGUCUGUUUCAUUUUCUGCAGAGCCGCCGUUAGUUCACCAUUAUGAACAUGAACCAUCAAAGAAUACGCAUUCACCAUCGAAAACUCCACAGCGCCCACAGCAUUCUCAUAAGAGAUCAAACAGCAGUUCUGACUUUAAGGAAUUCAUCAGGCAUUGUACCAGCAAGCUCUCACGUCAACUUAGUAGUGGUAGCAGCAGUCAUUCUGCUACUGUUCCUGUUGCUGUGGAUGCCACUGCCAAGAAAGCUCAUCAUCGUCGUUCAGCAUAAUAAAUAGCCAUGCACGUUUUUUAAGCAUGACAAGAAAAUACCAAGCGUAUCUUUUGAAUGUUCUACUCAUUUGCUACUACUAUUACUACUAUUACUACUACUACUACUACUACUACUACUACUACUA